GAACGAAACUGUCAGAGAAGAAGCUUCUCUUCUACACUUGCAUAAGACAUGGCACCUUGCUCCUCCAACUUUUCCUUCAUACAACACGCUGGGAUCUCAGACAGGGACAACAUCAAAUUGAGAAAGCCCGUCGUGGAGAAAAUGCGUCGAGAUCGCAUCAACAGCUGCAUCGAGCAGCUCAAGCUAAUCCUGGAGAAAGAAUUCCACAAGCAAGAGCCUAACUCCAAGCUGGAGAAGGCCGACAUCCUGGAGAUGACCGUCAGCUUCCUCAGGCAGCAGCUGCAGCCCGCUGCCAGCACGGUCGGCAGCGGCAACUACAGCCGGGGUUACUCUCACUGCUGGAGGGACUCGUUGCACUUCCUCUCGGCGGACCCCGGCAGCACGGUGAUGGUCCAGAGGGACCGCGGCUCUUCUCCAGUGUGCUCGCCCGGCAGGGGCACCAGGCUGCAGGAGAGCCAUGGCAGCGCUGUGUGGAGGCCCUGGUAGAAGACCUGGACCCCUCCUCACUUAGGAGGAACUACAUCUCCAGCCCUGCUUUUUCCUCAACGUCUCAUCAUAUUGAUGGAGACAAAAAAGCCACAGCCCUCACUUAUCUUGAAAACAUUUACUUUGACUGUGAUUCACCAUUCAACCUCUUUUUCUCUGGUUUUGCGUGAUGAUGGUUUUGUUGACUCGUUUACUCCAGUGGAGUUUGAUAUCUUGCCCGAUUGUAACAGUGUAUCUCUGCCAUAUUGCGUCGUACUGACCGCCCGUGUUGAGAAUAUUUCUCUCUUAUCGUUGGAUGCCAAAUUGUGUCAUGAUGAGUGAUGUGACGUCUGUGGCUGUGUGUGUGUGUGUGUGUGUGAACGUGUUACUCUUUUUGCAAUGACCUUUAUGCAUU